GAAGCGGAGUGAGAUGUAAAGUGCCCCAGGGCAAGUCUCCUGCGACGCUUUUGCUCAGUCUCAGGCUGUCGACAUCGCCGUGCAAGUUGAACAUCGCUCUGCGGCUGUCCGCAUCCAGUAUGCAGGCACGUGAUGACGCCUUGGAGAGGCGGCGCGCGCCGCAGCAGCGCCCCAUCCCUCUGCAUAGAACCACCACCACUGCCUCCGUUGCUUUUCACGACUCUCACAACUUGAUAGACGCAUGCGAUUGAGUAGCGUGCCAUUGGUCCUGGCCGGGGCUAGCUUGGCUAUCCAGGCCGGUGCUUCCCCCCUCCGCGUUGUGGUUGUUUCUUCGCACCAAGAAGUCUCCACAAACAACGCUCACAGCAAUGCGGAGGCCAACGUCGUCGCUGCUGGCCCUUCCCUCGUCCCAGGCGUCGCAAUGAUGCGCGUCGACCACAAGUCGUCCAUCCAUACCGGCGAGCGCAUGCGCGCUCACCACUGCGGUGGAUCCGUCCGCGGGACCGUCAAAGACUUCGUCAACAAGAUAUUUGGCUUCUCGGGCGGCGAGCGUCCUCACGCCGACGCUGCCAUACCAGAGCAUCCUCACGCCGAGCCCGGACGUCACGAGCCCGGUCGAGUGUCGGUCCUUCCUUGGUUCGGCACUCCGGACGGCUACGCCGGUAGUCCUAGGCCCGUCGAUACGGGUGCUGUCGAAACCGAUGGCGAAGGCAGAGUGCGCCACCACGGCCGCCCGCCGUCCGAGAGUGUGGUGGACGCCAAACAUGGCCAGGAAGAUGUCGGGCCCGUGCGCAUCGUCCAUAUGAGCGAGGAGGAGGGCCCGCGCAGGAGGUUCCGCCACCGCCACGGGCCCUUCCUUCGCCGCAUGCACUUUGCGCUCAUGGCUCUCGGACCUUGGGAGGGCCGUGCUGUCGCCUUUGUGCUCGGCUGUGGAAUAGGCGUUCUGCUCCGCAUGGUCUGGGUCAUGGGCGUCGUCCUCGCCCGUACCAUCGGUGGCAGCAGGAGCGAGGAUACCGCCGAGGCCGUCUUCGACGCCGAUGCGGAGGAAAUACUCGUCGCGCCGCCCCAGUACACGCAAUACCCCGACGAGAAGACUCCCGCCGUCGUCGAGGAGAAGCCCCAGGCGGCCUAGGCGAAACUGUACAUCGCAGUUGUGCCUCCCAAAGAGCGCGAACACUGCCCAUCACGAGUACAGUUGUACAACACCUCUAUGCAAUCCCCUUGGUUCUCGUCCCUCCCGGAUCCGGCUCCCCAUCGAUUCAUAAAAACCCACAUCAGAAUAUCAGAGUGAGAAAUGUCGAAAUGUCGAGUCGUUCGUGUCUGCCUGCGCGUCGUGGUGCCUGUUGUACGAUUCCGUGUUAUUCUCGUUUCACAUAACUUCGGUUAUAGGCGAACAUAACGCAAUGGACUAGUUUAUAUAUUCCCUCGUAAUCCCUGGCGUGUAAUGUUCCACAGCGUCGGACGUCGCACAGGGUGUCUAUGCGUUGUUUGUCAUUUGGAAUAUAUCUCGCCUGUCAUCCAGUACUGUACUGAGUCCGACGUCUCUGCCAUGGUGUUGGGAUGACCGCGAUGAGGAA